UCGACUGUUUCCCAGCUCUAUGCAAAGCAAAAAACAACACUCUGGCAAAUUUGGCAGUAAAACGACGAAAAUAUAUACAAUAAAUACGGAGAGAGUGCAGUUCCGUGCCGCAAAUGGAUUACGUUUAUUGCGGCACCGAUCCGAUUGGCGCCUCGGAGGACAUUCUAAGUGUUUACGAGGCGGGAUCGGCGCGCGGAAACGGACACUUCUCGCCCAGCUUUAAUGGUUUUAAUAUCGGGACCACCGACCCGGACUAUGUAGAGCUGGUUCCCGUCCUGGCCGAUGGCGGGGAGCAGUUCGGCGUCUCCAGCGUGGCAUUCGACGACUAUGAAGAGUUGCUGUGGAUGGGAAACCAGGGAGGCCAUGUCACCUCCUACUACACGAGCUCCAUGCAGAAGUACACCUCGUUCCAGGUGCACGCCAGCGACAUUGUCCGUCAGAUCACCACCCUGGAUUCGGGAGUGCUGGUGCUCACCCAGACCUCGCUGCGUCACCAAAUCCGCCGGGGUCUGCCCAAGUUCACGCAUAAAUCCAACAACAUGAGGGAAAUGGUGUGCAUGCUGCAGCUGUCACCACAUCGCCUGGUCAUGGCUGGGCUCCAGGAGGACCUCAUUGACUUCGAUAUGCGCUCGCUUAAGGAAACCCGGCUAGAGCAUCUGGGCGCCGCCGGCUGCACUGUGCUGCGCAAGAACUCUCGCUUUUUAUUCGCCGGCGACCAGUUUGGAACGGUGACGCUGCGCGACCUGAACAGCCUGAGUGUCCAGCACACCAUCAAGACGCACACCAAUGUCCUCUCCGAUUUCAGUGUCCAGGGCAACCUGCUUAUCUCGUGCGGCUACAGCGGGCGGCAGAACAACCUGGCCGUUGACCGAUUCCUUAUGGUCUACGACCUGCGAAUGCUGCGCCUGAUCUCCCCCAUUCAGAUGUUGAUCGAUCCGCAGAUGCUGAAGUUCCUGCCCUCGCUCACAUCGCGCCUGGCCGUAGUCUCCAGCUAUGGCCAGAUCCAGUUGGUGGACACGGUGGAGCUGAGCGAGCCGCGCGUCUCCAUGUAUCAGAUCAACACGAAUGGCAGCCAGUGCCUCAGCUUCGACAUCAGCUCCUCCUCCCAGGCAAUGGCCUUUGGCGACCAAUCCGGACACAUCAACAUGAUUGCGGCAGUGCAGACGCCACAGCCGCAGUUCAAUCCCUUCUCGCGUAAUACGGAGUUUGCGGACGUGGUGCCGCAGCUACCAAUGGUCUCCAUAACGGACACAAACUUCCCGCUGUCGUCGGUCAUGCUGCCGCACUUGACGACGGGCACACAAUGGUUCUCCGACUGGCCAGAGGAGCUGCUGCACUACAGCUAUCACAGGCCCAAGACUAUAGAUCCCGAGGUGCUCAACAAUAUGAAAAUGCAAGGUCCCAUUGGCUACUCUCCGAAUCCACGCAAUGCACGCCGCAAUCAGAUUCCAUACAUCAUUGAGCAGGGCGGGGCGAACAUGACGAAUGGCAAUGGAGCGGCAGCUGUGGCCAAGACGGAGAACGGCGUCAAGAUCAUUCCAAGGCGGUAUCGCAAGGUGGAGCUGAAGUACACAAAGCUGGGCACCCAAGACUUUGAUUUUGAGCAGCAUAACCAGACGUGCUUUGCCGGGCUGGAGGCCACCUUGCCCAAUUCCUAUUGCAAUGCCAUGCUGCAGAUCCUUUAUUUCACGGAGCCCCUGCGGGUCAAGCUAAUGGAGCACUCGUGCAGCAAGGAGUUUUGCCUGUCCUGCGAGCUGGGCUUCUUGUUCCACAUGCUGGACAAGAGUAGCGCUUCCUCGCCCUGCCAGGCAAGCAAUUUCCUGCGCUCCUUUCGCACAGUUCCAGAGGCCUCAGCCUUGGGCCUGAUACUGACGGAUCGCUCCUCUAAUGUCAACCUAAUAACACUUAUUCAGAACUGGAACCGAUUCAUUCUGCAUCAAAUGCAUUACGAAAUCUUCGAUUCCAGCAAGAACUCCUCUGCGUCAAGCGGAUCUGUGCAAACAACCACAGCUGCUGAGAACCCAAGCCCAGCCUCCGAAACAAGUGGUUCCUCAGACUUGUACGAGUCCAUUGGUGAUGAUAAUUCAAAAGAGGAAGGGGAUCGAGAACGCAGUAAGAUAAACGCCGAAACGGAAAUCAGUAAGAUCUUUGGGACCAAGCAGAUAUGUGUCAAUCGCUGCAUUAAAUGCCAGGCGGAGAAAUCAAAGGAGAACAUCCUGCUGGCCUGUAACCUGUCGUAUCCCACCAAUGUCAAGGAUAGCGAGCAGUAUUUCCACUUUGGCACCAUUCUAAAGCGCUCCCUCAGCUCGGAGAAGAGCAUUCAGGCCUUUUGCGAGAACUGCAAGAAGUUCUCCCCCACAAACCAGAGCGUGAAGGUCACAUCUCUGCCGCAAACUCUGGCCAUUAACUGUGGCCUUAACAACGACAAAGACAUUAGCUUCCUGAAGCGCCAGCUCAAUCGGUGCAACGAGAAGCCCUCAGCCGAGGCAGCCACCUCCUUGAGCACCAGCAAACCCUGCCGCUAUGGUGCCAACUGUUCGCGUAGCGACUGCCACUUUAUGCAUCCCGAUAGAAAGUCACCAUUGCACACCAGCAACCAAGCGGCAGGCAACGCCAGCAGUUCACCCAAUGGAAGGCAAAAGUCCUGGUUUCCCCUAACCUUCACCAUGGACAUCAACGAGCAGGGUGAGCUGCAGGUACAAACUCAAACGGAAAAAUCCGAGCAGCAGGAGGAUGAGCCAGCCAAGACCGGCGACAAUGAACGCAUGUAUGCACUGCACGCUGUGGUCUGCCAGGUGGAUGAUGGUACUCAAAAGAACCUGGUUUCCCUGAUCAAUGUCCACCGGCAAUAUCACACCAUGAAGCUGGCCGAAUCUCCCGAGGAUCCCCAGCAUCAAUGGUAUAUUUUCAACGAUUUCAGCAUUUCUCCGGUGUCGCCGCAAGAGUCGGUUUGGUUUACUUUAGAUUGGAAGAUGCCCUGCGUGCUGUUCUACAAGAGCGUCGAGGAUGAUUCGGAGACUGCCAGCACUUCCAGCUCCACUGUCACAGACAGUGACGAGGCGGCCAUUCCCUCGGAGAGCAGCUGCGGCGAUUCGCCCACGAACCUCACUAAUCCCUUCCUAGAGGACAUGGCGGGUCCCCUGCCUGGUGGCAACCUAAGCACGGACGCCACUUUAAAGCCUCUGCAAGCCAACGAGAUGCCGCAGUCCGGUGACCUGGUGGCCAUGGAUGCCGAGUUCGUUACCUUGAAUCCCGAGGAGAACGAGAUCCGUCCGGAUGGCAAGACGGCAACCAUAAAGCCCUGUCACAUGAGCGUGGCACGCAUCUCCUGUAUUCGAGGACAAGGCUCGGAUGAGGGUGUACCGUUCAUGGACGACUACAUCUCCACGCAGGAGAAGGUGGUGGACUAUCUGACACAGUUCUCGGGCAUCAAGCCCGGCGACUUGGACGCCAACUUCAGCAAGAAACGAUUGACGGCCCUGAAGUACUCGUACCAGAAGCUUAAGUAUCUGGUGGAUGUGGGUGUUAUAUUUGUGGGACAUGGUCUUAAAAACGACUUUAGGGUCAUCAACAUCUAUGUGCCGUCGGAGCAGAUAAUCGACACGGUGCACCUAUUCCACUUGCCGCAUCAUCGAAUGGUGUCGCUGAGAUUCCUGGCCUGGCAUUUUCUGGGUUCCAAGAUCCAGUCCGAGACACACGACUCUAUUGAGGAUGCACGCACCACCCUGCAGCUCUACAAACACUAUUUGCAGCUGCAGGCGGACAAGAAGUUCACCAAUGCUUUAAAGAACCUGUACGAGCGGGGCAAGCAGUUGCAGUGGAAGGUGCCGGAGGACUAGCUCCGAUCUGCUCCUCCGAAGCCAAUUGUCAGUACAAACGCUACACCGACCCGCAACCGAGACCGACUAUUCUUUUUAUUUAAUGUUAAUGUUUCAAUGUGUUUAUCUUUUUCUAUUCAAAUCCUGGUCUUUGUCUAUCUUUAUAAAAAAAAAGAAAAAACUAAAAACAAAGGAAAUCAUAAAAUUAUGUCUUAUCAAGAGUGUA